AUGGAGAAAGGUUUAAAGUGGUCUUGUGUUGCGGUGGUGGUUGCAUUCUUAGCCAUGGUUGACGUCUCUGUUUCAGUUCCGUUCAUAAUGCUUCAUGGAAUCAUAGCUGGAUGUUCUGAUAAUACAAAUGCUAACUUCACAUUGCUUCUCCGUAACCUCUCUGGCUCUCCUGGCUUUUGCGUAGAAAUUGGCAAUGGAGUAUUCACUUCAAUGUUCAUGCCACUUGCACAUCAAGCAGAAAUAGCGUGUGAAAAAGUGAAGCAAAUGAAAGAGUUGAGUAAAGGAUACAACAUUGUUGCAAGAUCUCAGGGGAACCUGGUGGCUCGAGGCUUGAUCGAGUUCUGCGACGGUGGGCCUCCUGUUUACAACUAUAUAUCUUUGGCUGGUCCUCAUGCUGGCAUUUCUUUUAUUCCUAUGUGUAAUGGUUUAAAGUCCAGUCCAUAUUGUAAGAAGUUUGAUGAGAUUAUCAAGAGAGGUCUCUAUAGCGACUUCGCUCAAAAUAAUGCUGCUCCUAGUGGUUAUUACAAAAUCCCUACUGAUAUAACAAUGUACUUGGAAAGCUCAAAGUAUCUACCUAAGCUUAGCAAUGAGAUACCAAACCAAAGGAACUCAACUUACAAAGACCGUUUCGCCAGUUUACACAACCUGGUUCUUGUCAAGUUUCAAGACGAUAAGGUUAUUGUUCCAAUUGAGUCAACUUGGUUCGGGUUUUAUCCGGAUGGUGACUUCAAACAUGUUCUCCCUGCUCAACAGACAAAGCUCUAUACAGAGGACUGGAUUGGUCUGAAAACACUGGAUACUGCUGGAAAAGUGAAGUUUGUGAGUGUACCCGGUGGACACCUCGAUAUGGCGUAUCAAGAUGUCGUCACACACGUCGUACCGUAUCUCAAGAACCAGGAAAGAACUAGGAAACACCGAAACAUAUAGUUAAUGCAAAUGCAACAAAAGAAGUUAAUGACUAUGCAACCAAAGAUGUUAAUGAAAAUGCAACCAAAAAAAAAAAGUUAAUGCAAAUGCAAAGAUGGGGGUGAAAGUGAGUUUAUGUAGUAUGAUACUACUUAUGCACCUAUUCACU